AAUCGGCCGUUGUGGUUAUUCAAACUGGGCGUUACUGCCGUAACGCUGUGCGUGAAUGUAGCCCACCACAAUUUGACAGCACGCUCGAACGAACUGUCAGUGCGGUUGACAGCCCAAAGCCAGAAUUGGCAGACAUUGGACGCAAAAAUUGUGACGACGAUUUGUUUAGUGUUGUGCUUUUUAUAAAGGGCUUAGGGCUUCGCGAUAUCGAAACCAUCGUGGCAAACGGUACUUGCAAUCGUUCCAGGGCUGUGAUUCGGGGGCUGGGGGUGCACGCACCGUGAACGAUGAGUAGCGUACAGCAGAAUCCGGCCGCGAACCUGCAGCAGCAGAUGGCGUCGCACAGUGACAAAGUGUUUCAGUGGAUCAACGAGCUGUCGAAUCCGGAAACGCGUGAAACGGCGCUACUGGAGUUGAGCAAAAAGCGCGAAAGUGUCCCCGACCUGGCACCGAUGCUGUGGCACAGCUUCGGCACGACCGCCGCACUGCUGCAGGAGAUCAUCAACAUCUACCCGUCGAUCAAUCCGGCCACCCUGACGGCCCACCAGUCGAACCGCGUCUGCAAUGCGCUCGCGUUGCUGCAGUGCGUCGCGUCGCACCCGGAAACGCGCACCGCCUUUCUGGCCGCCCAGAUCCCGCUGUUCCUGUAUCCGUUCCUGCACACCACCUCGAAGACGCGCCCGUUCGAGUACCUCCGGCUGACGUCGCUCGGGGUGAUCGGUGCGUUGGUGAAGACCGACGAGCAAGAGGUCAUCACGUUUCUGCUGUCGACGGAAAUCAUUCCACUGUGCCUGCGGAUCAUGGAGUCCGGGUCGGAGCUGAGCAAAACGGUGGCCACCUUCAUCCUGCAGAAGAUUCUGCUGGACGAGUCCGGCCUGUCGUACAUCUGCCACACCUACGAUCGCUUCUCGCACGUCGCAAUCAUUCUGGGAAAAAUGGUAAUCUCCCUAUCGAAGGAACCCUCGGCCCGGCUGCUGAAGCACGUCGUUCGCUGCUACCUCCGUCUGUCGGAUAAUCCACGGGCCCGCGAAGCGUUGAGGCAGUGCCUGCCGGAUCAGCUGCGCGAUGCCACGUUCGCGGCGUGCCUGCAGGAAGACAAAUCGACCAAACACUGGUUGUCGUUGCUGUUGAAAAAUCUCGACACCGUCCCGGUGCCCGGGGCCGAUCCGCGCCAGGUCGGCAUCCAACCACUGGCCUCGUAGAGGGUAGAGGAGCCCGCGGAGCACGGCUCACCCUUGGUUUAUCACGAAUUUCUCUCCCAGUCUCCGGCCGACGGAGGACGGAUUACGGAUGUUGUUGGUAGGGUAAAAGCUGCCUGGCGGCCUGGCGAAAUGCGCCCAGAGCGACUCGCAGGAAUCCGCUUUUCAGCCACGAUGUGAGGUGUUACAAUAAAUGUAGGAAUCGGCUUAGGGUUCUUCCACUCUUGCCUUUACGGUCA